AUGUCCUCCUCUUCCUCCUCCUCCUUGCCACCAUGUCUACCAGCAGCCCAGGACACGCCAUGGCACACGUUUCUCGAUCUCUACCGUCAUCCUGUCCACUGGGCCGCGGAGCAACGCGUCGAGUACGACGACAAGGAGGUCAAGUCGGUCGUCCCCACUCUUGCCCGCAGCGUGACCCUCGCGGACAACGGUAGAUUACUGCGACUGCGCUUUCCCAAGACCUGGUCGUUCCACGGCUUCGAGCAGCUCAUGACCGACUUGCGCGAGAGUAAGCGCACCGUUGGCGACCUCGUCCACCUCCACACACGCUCCACACAUGCGCCGCAUGGCACCGUCUCGCGAACACGCCCGGCCCUCGAGCAUGAGGCAUCGCUCCAGCAGCGCGUCGUGACCGACUUGGAACUGUUGCUUGGCGAGCUGUUUGCCACGUCUCGGCCUCCCCGUAUCCAAGUACAGGCAGGCCGCUCGUACCAGCACUGGGACGGCAAGACGCAUACUGCCUGGGCGGACAUCCUUGUGUCGAGGGGUGAAGAUCGCGAGACUGCGGACAAUGGCGAGACUGUCCCUGGCAACGCCGCAGUCACAGCCGUAGCCUGUGUCGAGUUGAAGACCGCGGCCAGAUUAUCGCCGGUGGUCCGGCUGCGCGAGCUCAAGGGGCAGCAGGUCGAGGUACGACAAGCCCGGGACCGAACAGACGUCGAGUACACCUGCAUCACCAGCGGCGACCAACGGAAGGCCCUCCCUCAAGCACUCGUCAACAGCCUGAGCAAGGUCUUGCAAGGACCCGCCUAUGCCUGGGUAUGGGGCUGCCGCGACGCCUGCAUGUCCGACGGCGAGUCGUUCCUCGUCACCCGAAACGGGCUCACGGUUCACGACGCGACGCUCAACCAGGACACUACCACUGCCUCGCCCAUCAUUGCAGUCGGAGUGGACCCUCUGGGUCAUGGGGACUCUGGUGCAGAUGACCCAGGCGCGGGCAGCCUCGCCGAGCUGCACGACAAUGCCGAGGACCGUGAGACGCUCGACUUGGUGCGCGAGUUGGUGGAACCAAACGUGGUCGUCACCCCGCGUUCUCUCUUUGCGGUGCUGGCAGGCAACGCAUUCCAGGCCAAUACCAAGCCUGGAGAUGUUGCCUUAAGUGGCUGGCCCGACCCCAUGCGCCCGCCGACGCCGACCCCCCAGAAACAGAGGGUCGAGUUUGCCAACCUCCGACCGCGGGGCGCUGACAGGCGUGUGCAGACGAUGCACGCGGAACCAGCGUCGCCGUCACCGAAGCACACGCGGUAG